UGUCUGUCAUAAUAAUCUGUGGUCUGUACUCUGUGAUGCUAUUCGAAACAAUCAAAAGAAUGGUUCGUCCCUCGAAUUAAUGAGUAAUUUUAUUGAUAAAAUAAUAAGUGUUUGUACAUCGACCACAGACCAGUGAAUUGAAAUUGACCAACUGUGCAAUAAUUGUGAGGUUUUUUACUAAAUUGUCGAUACCAUAGUACGUAAUCGUACUGAAUACGUAGAUAGAUAAUUAUGUCGACGAAUAUUCCGGAGUGCCCACCAAGUCUGAAAGCUAUUCAGCAUUUCUUAAAAACAGCAUCAGAACAUGACUCAAGGGAUCCUACUGUAGCAUACUGGUGUAGGCUCCAUGCAUUACAGUCUGGCCUUAAGCUAACUAAUAAGAAAACGCCUGAGGAAACUAAUGUACUCAUGGCAAUCAUGGAUUGGCUAGAAGAAGCAAAGAAAAUAUACAAGGAUAACGAGUCCAUUUCCAAUGAGGUUGUCGCUCAGGCACAUUUAGAAAACUAUGCUCUUAGACUGUUUCUGUUUGCUGAUAAACAAGAUAGAGAGGAAAAUUACGGAAAGAAUGUUGUUAAAGCAUUUUACACUGCUGGGGUUAUCUAUGAUGUUCUUACAACGUUUGGUGACUUGACUGAUGAAGCUGCUGAAAACCGCAAAUAUGCAAGAUGGAAAGCUGCUUACAUACAUAACUGCCUAAAAAAUGGAGAGACUCCAGUCCCAGGCCCUAUGCAAAAUCCUGAAGGAAGCGGUCCAGAUGAGGAUAGUAACACAACUGUUCAACCUGGUUCGACAGAUUCUCAAACAAUAGGCUUUACUCAGCCUGGCUCAUCAGAUUCACAUUCAUUCGGCUUUACAGGUGUUGCACCAUCAACACUGCCAACUGUUCCAACUAGUUUUAACAAUAGCCUUCCGGACCCAAAUGUAGCAAUGAGAGCAGCUUCACAGUUGCCACCCGUGCCAUACACUCCUGAUCCUAACCCCGGAGGUUUUGUGCCUUAUGAUCCAUCUCAACAACCGCUGCCGACCCCAGCAACAAAUUUCUAUGGUGAUAAUUCCAUAAGUGUUGCUCAACUUAGCCCUGAACAAAUUCAAAAAGCUCAAAAGUAUUGCAAGUGGGCAAGUAGUGCACUUAAUUAUGAUGACAUAAAAACUGCUGUAGGUAAUUUAAAGAAUGCCUUGGAACUACUUCAGACUGGUAGAGACCCUGCUUGAAUUGUAUAUAUUUAGUUACUUUACAUUUAGUUAAAGCUGUUAAUUGUAGUAUCCAAAGGCUUUAAACAUAUAACUGAAUGCAAGGUUUUGCUUAAAUAGGUUUUUUAUUAUUUUUAUUUUAAUCCAUCUUAACCAGACAAUAAUUAUAAAGAAGAUAUGGAUAUUUAAAAAAAAAAAAAAUCUAUGCCAUAGUACAAAAAAUAUUUAGCAACCUGUGAAGUCAGGCAACCCUCUCUUAAGAUUAUUCAUAUUGAUUGCAUUAUUUUAACAUACAUAUAUUAAAGAUACUAAUAUUAGUUGUAUAUUAUGGUUAUCUCAUAUUUAAGUUAUCAGUAUACCCUAUUUGUAUAUUAAAAGUUUUCAUUGCACCCACUGCAGAGUAAGUAAAAAACACAACAACAUAAACAAUAGUGUAAAUUCUAUUGUAUUUCUUAAAUCUAACUGAAUUGUCACGUCUAAUUGUAGUGUAUGUAGGUCUUUUCAUUUCCUGCAGAAAAGAAUGGCACUAUUUUAAUUCUGUCAAUUUGGUUAAGUUUGGAGGUUUUGUACAUAAGGAUAAGCACCAAUGUCCAUACAGCUUCAGGUAUUUUAAAAAUGAUACAAGUAUGUUGUUAUCCUAUUUUAUUUAUUUCAGUAGAAAUAAAAUCAAUGAAUUGUAAAUGGCAAGAGCUCUUUGAAUAUUUGCUUUUGCUCUUGCACAUAUUUUAUUAUUCGUUAACAGCUUUAUUUGACAGAAAGAUCCUAGAUGUACUGUAGGUACUUAAUCUUAUUUUGGCAGGUCUAAAGUAAUCCAAGAUGUAAAUAAGCGCAAGGAAAACGUUUUAAAAUACCACAAUUGGUAGCGCACAAGUGACAAGCAGAGUCUGCGCAUUGCAAAAAUUUACCUACUGAUUACUUUAGGUAUUGUAUUGAGGCCGUACGGCAAACGUUAUGUACCAUCAAGGCUGUGGCUUAAAUAUUGGAUCAAGCUUACGUGAAAGAAGAUACUUUAUCAAAUUAUUUUCAACUAACUUAUUCUCAAACAAACCUGUAUAAUGACCGAGUUUUCUGUUUUUUUUUUAAUUUUUACGUUUUUGUCUACCUUAAUUCAGUUUUUAUAACGCUGUAAAGGAUGUAAAUAAUAUUAUUUAAAUCUGUUUAUUGUUAAAUAUCGCUGAUUAGAUCAUCCAUUAUUAUUUGUUAAAUAAUAAAGGUAGGGUAGAAGAAAAAAGAAAAAACAAAAGCAGAAAAAUUUGGUCAUCCUACGGAUUUUUUUAACUGAUCAAACUAGAAGUAAAUAAUUGGGAUCCUAUGUUCAAUCUUAGCUCGAUCCUUUGUUUUUAUUGUAUAAGUGUAUACUAGCUGACCAGUGCAACUUCGUCUGCACCAAAUCGGUUUUUACCGAAAAACACAAAUAAAAUGACAUUUUCUAAAAACGAAUCCUAGCUAGAUCGAUUUA